AUGUCGAUAACAUACCGCUUGAUUGUGAUAGCGCAAUCACUCUUGAUUCACGCAUAUUGUCAUGGAAGUAGCAGAUUUUCUACUUGCCGCUCUCAUUUAUAUGGUUAUGGUUUUACUAGUUCCCCCAAAAGCAGAUUCAAUGGUUCGUUACGGGCCGCUGGUGAUGAGAGUCUGCGUUACAAGGCAGAAGAGCGUUUUUACAAGAUAAUUGCUGACAAACAUGCGCAAGUGGAGCGACUCCUAGAUGACCACAAGGACCCCAACGAUCCAUUACAGCUUCGACUGAAAUUUGUAGAAUGCACUGCCAACCACAAGCUUGGGGAAAUGCUCAGGAGGCAUAGCACGGAGCAAGGGCAUGGUUUGUCAGUCAUAGCUGACAUGAAGCGCCGUACACCAACGCAACAUCAUACGCUAGAUAACUCUGUAUUAUCAUUCUUAGAUGCUUCCGAUGUAGCCAAGAGCAUGGCAUCACAAAUCUAUUUUAACGUUCAACAUUGGUUUGACGUCAUAUUCGUCAACACUGACGAAACCGUUUAUGGCGGGCACAUUUCGGAACUUCACGCAUGUUUUCUGGAGCUCAGAAAAUUAGGGCGCAGGAUCAGACCAGCUAUAGUAAUGAAAGACAUUGUGAUACAUCCUAUACAGAUAGCACAGGCUGCGGAAUAUCGGGCGGAUGGCGUUUUGUUGAAUGCGUCAGUUUUGGGGAACACACUGAAAGAAAUGAUCAUCGCAUGCCUUAAUAUGGGUAUUGAGCCAAUUGUUGAAAUCCACACGAAAGAAGAAGCGAUGCUGGCGCUAGAAUUUGGCGCCAAUAACCUUCUGGUAAAUCAGUGGGAUAGAGUGCACAAUUUUCUAAGGCCUACCAGAGCGUUGGAGAUAAAAAACAUUAUCGGUGACGAGGCCACACUAAUCGCGGCAGGAGGCAUCAUUAAUUUCGCCCAGGUACAUGAGCUUGCUCUCAUGGGAUAUGAUGCAGUGGUUUUAGGUAGGAGAUUAUCGUACGAUGACACUCCUGAAUUUGUGGAACGUAUCAGACAGUGGCAGGCACCCUGCAAAUCGAUUUUGCGUCUGAGCAAGGAUAUGUUUUUCGACAUUCACGACGAAGGGGUCGCUAGGACAAUAAAGCUGAAACGUAAUCACGAAAAAUUGUUGAACGAAAUGAAUGUAUUUUACGGAAGGAAGGGUGUUGAUGUAUCCAAUAUUAUGAAGGCGAAUCAGGAAUCCGAUGCCCUUCCAAAGGAACCGACGCAUCAACAAUCCUUUGUAAACAACCAAUACUGUAAUGAUGGAGAUGAUAUAGGUGACACCAUCGUCACAGUCACAUAUGGCAAUCCAGCACAGACGACCUUCGUAAGGAAUAUACUAUCAACAGUGGAGUGUCCUGAAAGCAGGAUUGAUACCAAUAAGUAUUUAACUGAGAGAAAAUCAGAAAUGUACCGAAUGAAAUGGUAUGUCGAACGGCAACGAUGGGUUAGACGCUUCAGACAUCAUUUCCAGAAUAGGCGUGAUGCUAACAACGCACACAGGCUCAAAAAGGCAAUUGAAAUGUACACCGCAUUUCUAUUGUAUGGCGCCCAGUUGCUGAAGAGUAAAAAAUCCAAUGUAUGUGUGGAAGAAAUAGGUCAGAUACUACGGCAAAAUGUAAAGGCUGCGUACGAGGAAGCUCCGCGAGAUAACCUCGGAAACAUCAUCAUGCCCAGACCCGAAUAG